AUGCAGAUGGAUCAGGAGGUGACUACGGUGAUGGGUAUAGGUUCCGGUACUCCGACAAACUCCGCUCGGGAGAAUACAUUCCCUGGAACAUCCGUUGCUGAAGCCUCCUAUAACUUGCAGGCGGCUGAGGCUCAACUUGCUGCCUCGCCCUUUGAACCGGAAUUGCGCUACCAACAGGCCGACGCGAACGCCUCCGAGGUUCCCUCGGCAUCUAGUCAGCAUCUUCGUCCGACACCGGAACCGACGCCACCGCAGUACUUUACCUCCGUUCCUGGACGCUCCCAACCGCUCAGUUCCCCGCACACUCCCAAUCGUCCACAGAGGGUGGGAUCCAGUCUGGAACCCUCGACCACCCACCUUGACGACGUGAUUGCUCAUGUGGUCUCUGAUGCGGUCGCAUAUGCCAACCAACCUGGUGAUACAGGUCCCGCUAUGUCUCCACGUCAGCGUCAGCUUCAACCUCCAGGUUCCUACGUCUCCAGCCAGAUGAGUGACUCGCCUUCGCCGUUUCAACAACACUGCACCUCUCCUGGUAUACAACAGGUGGGUAGCCAACACCGUGCCGUCAUGUACGCGAACGCCCCGGUAAUGCGUCCAUCGCCUUCGCCUGUGGAUUCCCAACACCCUGAGUACGUGGGCUCCCCUUACGAUCAUCAUCAGCAACAACAACAACUUCAACCACAGAAUGUGGAAAUGAACUCGGGCAUGUUCGGAACACACAAUUCGGAAGUUCCUCUUAACUCUACAAUUUUCCCGCCGGAAAUGCCUUCUCCUUCACCGCACCCUCCACGACCCCCUUACGGUUCACAGACGGCCGUUUAUAACUACGUUCCCCAGUCCCCCUAUACUUCGCAGUCGGGCGGUGAAAGUACUCCCUCGUCUCACGAAGUCCUCAUGGAAAUAAUAUGCAGUAGUAUGUAUUCUCCAUCCCGCCUCCUAACCCCCACAACCACCAAAGUGGCAGCAAUUAUCCCCCUCCCUUUUCGAUGCUCACUGCAGCCUGUAACGGCCAUUUGUGGCACUUUACAACAACAACAGCAACAGCCCUGUCGUCUGACUUCUCCACUGCCUGACGAAAACCACUUGCCUUGCAUGUACACAGUCUACCCUCCGCGUUCUCACUUGGCUCCGUCUUCUCUGCUCACCCCCUCAACUUAA